ACCUAAUAGUUGUUUGUAAUCUGGUGUGACGCCACUAAUCCCAACGGUACAAAUGGUCAGAGGGCGCUCCGUCGGCCCACACUGAGCGCUGUGACUCCCCGGCAGAACCUCCACUCAGAGCGUAGAAAAGCUGAUUUCAAGUUCCAGAAGACAUGGCUGUCGUUAGCGGAACCUUCCGGAUGGUGUCGGAGGAGGAGCAGGCUCUCAGGGCCAAGCUGGAGCACCUCUCUGUGAAGGACCACGGGCCGGUGUUCGGCACCUGUGCUAAGCUACCCGACCACACCGUUCAGAAGGCCAAGGAUGAGCUGAAUGAGACAGAGGAGAAGCGGGUUGCCGCGGUGAAGGAGUUGCGGGGCAUGAUGAAGGAGAAGGCGGAGGGGGGGGACGACCUGGUCAAGGCCGUGCAGGAGGCGUUCGGGGAGAAGCCCGAUGGAAUGCUGGUGCGCUUCAUCCGCGCCAGGAAGUACGACGUCAACCGGGCCUACGAGCUCAUGAAGGGGUAUGUGCGUUUCAGGAGGGACUACCCGGAGCUGUUUGAGAACCUGACCCCAGAGGCUGUCCGCAGCACCAUCGAGGCUGGAUACCCGGGCAUCCUGCCCAGCAGAGACAAGUAUGGCCGCGUGGUGCUGCUGUUCAACAUCGAGAACUGGGACUACGAGGAGAUCACUUUUGAUGAGAUCCUUCGUGCCUACUGCGUGAUCCUGGAGAAGCUGUUGGAGAACGAGGAGACGCAGAUCAACGGCCUCUGUAUCAUCGAGAACUUUAAGGGCUUCACCGUGCAGCAGGCCUCCGGGAUCAAGCCCACAGAGCUGAAGAAGAUGGUGGACAUGCUGCAGGACUCUUUCCCGGCCCGUUUCAAAGCGGUCCACUUCAUCCACCAGCCCUGGUACUUCACCACCACCUACAACGUGGUCAAGCCCCUGAUGAAGGGCAAGCUGCUGGAGAGAGUCUUUGUCCACGGAGAUGAGCUGGACACCUACUAUAAGGAGUUUGAGGAGGACAUCCUCCCUUCUGAUUUUGACGGGAAAGCUUCCAAAUACAAUGGAAAAGAAACAGCUGCCAAACUGUUUGACUAGGAAUCCCUUCCUCCUUGUGUAUACAAAUCUGGGAGCUAUUCUAGGCUCAAACCCUGUAACUCAACAUCUAUAGCUGUGUGGUUGCAUAAAAACAUUGGGAAAGAUUUUGUAUCCAACGUAGUAUUACUAAUGGGUUAAAUAUGAUGCUUUGACGAAAAAAGCUGACAUACUACUUUACUUAGCAUCUUAUUUGCUAUGUGCAGUUCUUCGGACAAUUAGUAACAUAUACAAAUAUCAAUGAAAUGGAUCUGAUAUAAUCUAGCCUUCCCCAUCUGAUACACCUCACCCACACAGCUUGUUCAGUAAACUGGCUGGCCCAAGCUUCCAAGAGAAUAAUAAAACAAUGAAUUAAAAAAAAGUUUACCGGAUGCACCUGUGAACCCGGUGCACAGAUUUGCACCAUUUUGUGAAAGAAUAAUAAACUGUAUAUAAAUGUUACAUAAA